AUGACAGCCGCGCCCAUCCAGGGCGCGUGCGUGCGGUUCUCCCUAGCGGACGUGGUAGCCGCGACGAGCGAGUGGUCACCGCAGCUGCACGUGAUGCGGGGCAGCUACAGCGAGCUGUUCAAGGGCGUCGACCCGCGCGAUGGCGCCACGCCGUGGCUCCUCAAGCGCCGCCUGCGCUGCACCGACGAGUUCCAGGCCGAGGAACCACCUCAGUGGAGUGGAAGCACUGGACCACCCCUCCCCUCCCCCUCCCCCCUGCUUGCGGCUUGCCUUCCCCAGGUGGCGGAGAUGGGGCACAAGAACCACCCUCACCUGGUGCGGCUGCUGGG